AUGAUCGAUGUCACUACCCUCAUGCCUAGUUUGCCGGGCACGCUUCCCACACUUCCCCCGGUUGUACUGCCUACGCUGCCUGGCCUGGACACUACAACUACCGUUGAGCCUAACACUACGGCCAAUGAGAAGAUCUCAGUGGUGACCUGCUCCGAUCUUACCAUCAAUUCUGCCAGCGUGAAGUCCAACGAGGUGGGAGGUCUCGCGGUGGCAAUGGCGAUCAAUUUCUGUGCCCUUGUUGGGGCGGUCUUGGCCAUGUGGCUGAUCUCCCGCAGUGAGCGGGGCCGCCGCGUCCUUGUGCCAAAGAAGCACGGUGCGGGUGGAAUAGGAAUGCCACAUGAGUGGUUUCGUGAUGUGUGCAGGAUACAGUAUGAUGAUAUGGAUGAGAUAAGCAUUGAUGGACAAGUCGUAAUUCGGCUUUGUCUAUUGGGGCUGAAAUUCUCUGCCUUUGGCACUCUGAUUGCUUGUGUGCUGUGUCCCAUCUAUGCCAGCACUCACGGACCGGAGAAAGGCGUGCUUGCCUGGACAAUGACGAAUCUGAGCCCAGAUGAUGAUGAGUACGUCUUUUGGUUUGUGGUGGUAGCUGCCUACCUUCUCGUCUUCAAUUUCUUCUGGCUCAUUCGUGCGGAGUGGAGACACUUUGUAAGUCUUCGCCAAAGCCACUUCCUCCGACGUGCUGUGGGGAAGAAUGGCACUUCCUCCGCACAGGCACAAUUUUCCUUGCUAGUGGAGAGAUUGCCCGACAAAUACCAGGACAACAAGAAUCUCCUGGCUUUGUUCUCGGAGAUUUUCCCUCGUCAGGUUCAUUCAGUUGCGGCUCAGCGUGACACGCUGCUCUUCUAUCAUUUGCGAGCGUUGAAAAAGACCAGUGAAGCCAUCGUUGUGUGCAAGUGCUGCCAGGGAUGUAUCCACCGGUAUUUGGAGAAGACGGUGCAAUUUGAGCGAAAGGUUGCGCAGAAGUACAGGCAAGCUGGGAAGUAUGUGCAGGAUUUUGCCAUGGAUGGGCAGGUGCUUGAGCUGCGGGAUGACCUCGUCACGCAGCUGGGAGUCAAGGAGCUCUUAGGGAAGCAUUCCAAUGCGACUGACGGCGGCAGUGCGUCUUCUGCUUGGACGAGACCGGAAUUGAGACGGUCGCACCGUCUUGAUGCGGAAUCGGAAUGCGCACCUACCUCAACUGCAUUUGUCACUUUGCGGAAGCUUUCAGACCGUGUCAUUGCAGAGCAAAUUCCACUCUUUGACGCUGGAAGAGAUCUUGGUGCUGAUGGCGUGGAGAAGAUAGUUGUCAAGCCUGCCCCAGAGGCUGAUGAUGUGAUUUGGGAAAACGUCCAACUUCCAUUUGAUCAGAUGCAGCAAAGACGCUUUGUCGGCAGAGCGGUCUGCGUGAUGGGCAUUAUUUUUUGGUCAUUCCCGAUCACUGCCAUCCAGGCCCUGUCGCAGAAAAAUGUGCUGGACCAAAUGCUGCCGCAUGGUUGGGUCGCAUGGCUUAGUGAAAACUAUCCUACGGUGUUCUCAUUUAUUACAAUCUAUUUGCCUGUGGUUGCACUGCUAUCGCUCCUCGUGCUGUUGCCAUGGGCUCUGCACCAGAUUGCAGUCUUCGUGGAGGCUCGCAAGUCCUAUGCAGAGGUCACUAUCUCCGUAAUGCACAGGAACUUUUGGUUCCAGUUCUUCUCUCUCUGGCUCUCGGUUUUUACAAGCUCAUUGGCGCGAUCGAUCGGGCAAAUUCUGGAGCACCCGAGAUGCAUGGCAACUAUCCUUGGCUCCGCUAUUCCACCAGUUUGUGUGUACUUUAUAUCGUUUGUGAUCACCAGGAUUGGUGUGAGCUUGCCACUAUUGCUUUUGCGCCCUGAUGGCCUUCUGUCAUUAUUUAUACCUGGGAGCAACAAACCUAAAGACAAGGCCGAUAAGGCCGAAGAGGAAAACGACUCUGUGGAGAGUGAAUCUGACAGCGCAAGCGAUCAGGAGAUGCCUGAUCCUGGUCCAGAGAAUCCAGUCUAUUGCUUCUUUGCCUCCGAAGUCACGAACAUCAACAUCGUCUUUGUUUUGGCUCUGAUGUACUGUGUAGUUGCACCCGUGAUGAUGCCGGCUUGUUUGCUCUACUUUAGCCUCGCAUUCUUGGUGUACAAGUGGCUCUUUGUGCAUGUCUACACCAAGCAAUAUGAUCUUCUGGGCGAGUCGUGGUACGUGUGCUUUUGGGGUCUCAUUGUGGGUGUCUUCUUCGGUACAGUUUCUCUAUCCGGCUUAGCUGCCAGUCACAAGGGCUCGAAGUCUCCUCACUGCCUGGCGCUUUGGAUACUUUCCUUCUUGGUCUUAAUCUUUGCUUGGCAUUGCCAACGCACCUUCAUGCCAUUCUGCGCUGCGUUGCCGUAUCGUGCUGCUGUGUUGGCAGAUGAAACAUCCUCUGCCGCGGUGACAGAGCAGUUUUCCAGUGAUUACUAUCAUGAUCCAAUUCUUUCCGAUAUGACAGAAAACGAGACGCGAACUAUUCUGGAGCAUGUUGAAAGCGAUGAAGAUGACAGUGAUGCUGGCCCAUGUAGCCCAUAG